AUGUGUACUACGUACACAAAUGAAAGUCGGCGUGCCCUAGUUGCAGAUUUGAAGAAAAAACCUAAACAGCAAACUGGUAUGUUCAGUAAAAUAUUACACUCUCAAACGCAUUCUUUGCAUGCAUCUUAUGCCGAGUUGCUUGAGCUGGUAAAGGCAAAAAAACCUUUCACUGAUGGCAAUUUGAUAAAAAAAUGUGCUGUUGAAAUGGCCAAAGCUUUCGGUGAUUCUAAAAUGGCGGAGAAAUUUGAAUCAGUGCCACUUUCACAUCAAACCAUACAAAGAAGGAUUGUUGCUAUGGGUGAGCAAGUAGAAAAAUCUACUUGCUCACCCAGCAAUCUUCUACCAUAA